CUUUCUUCCACUUUGACCCAGCACGAGCAGAACCCGGAAGCGAAGCCAGCCAGCCAAGCCAGAGCCAGAGCGCACACCGCAUAGCUAGCCUGCGCGCCCCGACGCCGACCCCUAUAUAAACACAGCCACUAUUCCCCCCGCCUCGCCCCCCUUCCGGCCUCUUGUCCCUAUCGCCCCACCGCGGCAGCUAGUCCCAUUCCCAUACCCGCGCCACCGUCCUCUCCGCGGCGCCGCGCCAAUGCGCCACCCCUCGCCGCCGCCGGAGCUCCCCGCGGCCGGGGGCGAGAUCCAGGCCAUGGCGCCCGCCUCGGCCGCGGGCUCCUCCAGCACCGGUGGCAGCACCGGAGGCUCGUUCACGGCGCUCCUGGGGCUCCCGACCUCCCAGGCCAUAGAGCUCCUUCUCCCCGGCGCGGCGCCGGCGCCGGCGCCUGCCUUCCCCUCCGACCCGCACCUCGUGGACCGCGCCGCCCGCUUCUCCGCCUUCGCGUCGCCGUCCCCGUCCCCGACCCCUCCUCCCCCCGCCUCCGCCGGCAAGCGCAAGGCCGACCCCGCCUCCAAGGGGAAGGUGGCGAAGAAGGGGAAGACGACGGCGGCCGGCGGCGAGGAGAAGGACUCGGGCGAGGACGAGAAGCCGGCGUACGUGCACGUGAGGGCCAGGAGGGGCCAGGCGACGGACAGCCACAGCCUCGCUGAGCGGGCGAGGCGGGAGAAGAUAAAUGCGAGGAUGGAGCUGCUCAAGGAGCUGGUCCCCGGAUGCAGCAAGGUAUCAGGAACAGCGCUGGUACUGGAGGAGAUCAUCAAUCAUGUUCAAUCCCUUCAAAGACAAGUCGAGUAUCUGUCAAUGAGACUCGCAGCAGUAAACCCAAGGGUUGACUUUGGUGGGCUAGACAACCUUUUGGGUACAGAGUGUGGAAGGAUAACAGGUUUAAACUGCAAGAGUGGAAUGGACUUGGAGCAAGUCAGCUGGCCCGACAUGGGCGUUCAUGGAGCGAGAAAUCUCGCGCAGCUACAACAGCAGUUCUGGCAUGGUGAUUUAGUACAUCCACAGCAAGCAGCUUCACCGUGGGAAAAACGGGGGGACGUACAACCUCCUGUCUUUAGCAACACCAGCUCCUCUCUCUUCGGCUACGAUCUCGCAAGCUCUGGAAUUGUUUUGAGAGCUUGGACUUCUCCAGGGUGAAAACCCAAGAUCUUGGAUCGAGCAACGACGGCGCUUGUGCACUGUUUCCUUCUUGGAGGCGUUGCUUUUGGAGACCUCUUAUGUUUUCCGGAUGCUAUAUUUGGUGGUGGUUUGUGUGCUGUUGCUGAGAGGAGUCGGUCACUAUGAUGGGACCUUUGUUUUUUUUCCUUUCUUUUUAUUUUUUUCUUUGGCUGUGUGCAUCCUGGCUGUCUUUGCGACAUUUUGUAGGUGUAGAGGCUUGGUGUAAUUGAUAUCUUCGCGAUAUUAAUAUAUUCCCCUUUUCAAAAAAAAAAAAAACUGGUUGACAAGCUGGUUACUCCUGGUGUCCUAGUUACUGUUCCGGGAUAAUAUCCAGCAAUACCCACAACUUACAUAUGCUCCCAUUUUGGCAAACGAACUGUCUCAAAAAAUCUGAUUCUUUUGUGAAUGUUCACAAGACAUGUGCCUACCUCCCCUAUAAAAUUCAAAAUACACAAAGAGAAAAAAUAAUGACAAAUUCAGCAUGAAUAGUGUCAAUUUUUGUCUUUUGUCUUUUUUACACUAUUAAUGCUGGAUUUUUUUUGUUUGUCUUUGAGUAUUUUGAAUUUUGGUUUAAAUUUUAGGGGAUGUAAACACAUACCUUGUGAACAUUCACAGUUCUUUUUGUUUUUUUCCUUGAAACAUGUAAAUUGGAGUUUUUCAAAAUGGGAGCAUGUUAGUAGUGGUAUCACCUGAUAUUAUGCUGUGGCUAAUAUGCUAGUAUCCGAGAUCGGAAAAUUGAACCCUAGCAACUAGCACUGACUUGAUUAUUUUCCAUGUC